UCGUGGUUUUGAGUCAGAGUCAAUAAUCAACACCCUUCCCUAAUUUCUCGAAUAUUUAAUUGAAAACCCUUUCCCUUCGUCUCAAAUAGCAAAACCCCCAAUUUCGCUAUUUCGAUUUCCUAUUCUUGGUCUCAAACCUCCAAUCUUUCUGCUUCUGGGUAAGAUCCUGCUUCAUCUCUUGUGACCCUUUUGUGAUUUCAUCCGAAUUCUCAAAUUUUUGGGUACUGGGUAGGUCUGAUUUUCGGUUUUACUCUGAAUUAGGGUUUCGAAUGUCGAUCUAAAGAUUGUUCCUUUUUGUGGGUGUUUUGCUUUUGGUCUCAAUUUGAGCUUGUUCGGUCAUCUGGGUAGGUGUGUAAUUACCCCAGGUAGAUCUAACUGUAUGAAUGUAUCUUGUUGUGAAAAUUGGUUGGUGUUAGGGUUCUGGCUUGAGUCAAAGCCUCAAGCUUUUUAUUUUUCAUUGUUUCUUUCGUUGUUUCCUUUAUCAAUUGUGAAGAUGUCAUCUGCUGGUGUCAACAACACUCUUACCCGUGUUCCGAGGGAGACAUUGUUGUAAUAAUUGGUUAGUUUUAGGGUUCAGGCUUGAGUCUCAAAGCCCUCAAGCUUCAUUGUGUCUUUGAUUUCCUUUAGUGAAAAUGUCGUCUGCCGGUGUUCGCACUCUUAGCCCUGUCCCAAGGGAAUCCUUGUUGUCUCCAGUUGGGUUCUGUACCCCACUGCACUUGUCGUUGGACCACGAGUUCAUUUUCGUGUAUCUGUCUUACUCGGGGUCGUUGACGCCAAUGCGGGUUUUACCCUCGGAUACCAUUGAGUCGGUAAAACUCAAAAUUCAAAGGACUGAGAGGCUUCCUUCGUUGACCAACAAGCCGAAGUUGGUUUGUGAUGGCCGGGAGCUAGCGCGGAGCAAUUCUCUACUCAAAGACUAUGGGGUUACAGAAGGUAAUGUUUUGCAUUUGGUAAUACGACUGUCAGAUCUUCAGACCAUCAGUGUGAGAACUUCUUGUGGGAAGGAAUUUACCUUUCAGGUGGAAAGAUGCAGGGAUGUUGGGUAUGUUAAGCAACAGAUUGCGAAAAAGGAGCAACAGUUUGCUGAUCCUGAACUGCAGGAAGUUAUGUGUAAUGGAGAGCAGCUUGAGGAUCAGAGGCUUAUUGAUGAUAUCUGCAGCAAAUAUAAUGAUGCAGUGAUCCAUCUUUUUGUUAGAACAAAAUAUGCUGAAGUUAAGACAGGAGUAGAUGAGUUGUCCAUUGCCGCAGCUGAGUUGAACGAGACUAAAAGCUAUGAUGUUAGUAAAGAUACAAUGAGGGAGUAUGAAGCCACCAAGCACUUCAUGCCAAAAAAGGUUAUUGGCAGAGAUCUUCUUUUGGAGCCUAUUAUUGUUAACCCUAAAAUUGAAUUAGAUUCAGGGAUUUGGAACAUGAUAAACUCUACAUAUGAUGGGCUAGAUAAUGGAAAUUAUCCAAUCAGAUCUGCAGAGGGUACAGGAGGGGCUUACAUUAUGCUAGAUUCAACAGGGCAAAAGUAUGUAUCUGUUUUUAAGCCUAUUGAUGAAGAGCCAAUGGCUGUCAAUAACCCUAGAGGUUUGCCUUUGUCAUUAGAUGGUGAAGGCUUAAAAAAGGGUACCAGAGUUGGUCAAGGAGCUUUCAGGGAAGUUGCAGCUUAUGUUUUGGACCAUCCAAUGAGUGGCCGCCGAUCAUUAUUUGGUGAUGAAAAGGGCUUUGCUGGGGUUCCCCCUACUGUUAUGGCUAAGUCCUUGCAUAAAGGAUUCAACCAUCCAGGGGACUUGACUGCUAAGAUUGGCUCCUUGCAAAUGUUCAUGGAGAAUAAUGGAAGUUGCGAGGAUAUGGGGCCUGGAGCUUUCCCAAUUAAGGAAGUGCAUAAAAUUUCUGUGCUGGACAUGAGACUGGCAAAUGCAGAUAGGCAUGCAGGGAAUAUUUUAAUCAGCAAAGAGGAGGAAAAUGGCCAGACUACUUUGAUUCCGAUUGAUCAUGGAUACUGCUUGCCCACAAGUUUUGAAGAUUGUACAUUUGAAUGGCUUUAUUGGCCUCAAGCUCGCCAGCCAUACUCCCCAGAGAUCAUUGAGUAUGUGAAGUCACUGGACGCUGAAGAAGAUAUUGCCAUUUUGAAGUUCCAUGGAUGGGACCUGCCAGUUGAAUGUGCCCGCACUCUUCGAAUCUCAACCAUGCUGCUGAAGAAAGGAGUGGAGAGAGGGAUGACCCCUUUUGCCAUUGGAAGCCUUCUGUGCAGAGAAUCCUUGAACAAGGAGUCCGCGAUUGAAGGAAUUGUAAAAGAAGCGCUGGAUUCUGUUCUUCCUGGCACAAGUGAAGCUACAUUUCUGGAUGCUGUCUCCGACAUCAUGGACCAGCAUCUUGAUGAGAUCACCUGUUCCAAUUCUUAACCGAAGUUUAGUUCUGUAAUAGAAUUCGUUUCGUAAAUGCUGUGUUAAGUGUACAUGUGUUCGAGUACAUAUUUAUAGCUCAGAUGAUUAUCUUUUCAUUGUUUCAUAGUAAUGACUCCACAGGUAUUGACUCAUAUAGUAGUUUCCAAUAUUUCAUAAA